AUGGACGGCUCACCAAGCCUCAAGAUUGAGUUAGAGGUUCCAUCAGCAGAAGCUAUAGAUGAAAGUUCGAAUGUCUCUUGUGGUUAUAAACUUCGGCCCUCAGAAAGUAUUGCAUCACUUGUUUCAUCAUGCACAACAACAAAAAGUGAAUUAACCACCAAAAAUUAUCUAGUUGGCAGUAUUGCUGGAGGGGCUGGCUCAUUAUUGGGGACUAAGGAGCUUAACAAAAUGAUUCCAGGAGGGAGCAUUGAGAUUCAAGUUGUCACCUGGAAUAUGUCGUCAGCGAAGUCUCAAUAUUAUCCUGAAGACUUGGGUGAUCUCUUCUUCAGUGGGACUUCCGAAGAGUCUGCAAGCAUUUAUGCUGUAUGUAUACAAGAAUGUUCUUCCGAUAAAAAUGAACUUCUUAUUCGGUUACAAGCAGCUAUUGGAAUUAAACAUGUUCUGUUUACCUAUGCAACUCAUGGAACAUUGGCGUUAAUGAUAUUUCUAAACCGUGACUUAAUAUGGUAUACAUCAGUGCCUCAAUCAGUUGGAGUAACAACUACAGCUGCUGUAAGAACUAAAGGGGCGGUAGCUAUCUGUUUUAUACUUUUCGGGACAUCAAUCUUAUUCCUUUCAGCUCAUUUCAAAGCUAGCCAUACAAAUUUUGAACGGAGAGUUCAAGACUACUUACAAGUAGUAGAUAGUAUAAAUUUGCCAAAAGUUGGUUUCAACAAAGGAUAUAAAUAUAAUGAACCCAAUCCAAUGGAUCGAUUUGAUGUUGUAUUUUGGGCGGGUGAUUUAAAUUUUCGAAUACAAAGACCAAGAAAUAUUGUUGAAAAUAUUAUCAAAGGAAAAUAUAAGCAUAAAAACUAUGAAGAACUUUUAUCAGCUGAUGAAUUAUUGAAUGCUCAAGCACAAGGUAUCGUUUUCCGUAAUUUUGAUGAAGGUCGUAUUCGUUUCCCUCCAACAUAUAAAUAUGAUAUUAAUUCUGAUGUUUACGAUUCAUCAGAUAAGCAAAGAGUUCCGUCAUAUACAGUAAGUUGGGUAGAUAAUUUCUGUCGGUUUCUUAUUUGA